AUGGAACAGAUGUGGGACAGCAUCGAGGAAGCCUAUGAUGGCGAUUUUGCUUUAAAUUCCUAUGAGAGUCUAAAAAGCGAAGUUGAUACUUCUUCACAAGUGGAUUUAGAAGCAAACAAAGAUUUGCUGCAUAUUCAAUUUCCCAGUGCCAGGAAGCACAAAUCCCAGUGCUUCGCCAAUAACGAAGAAAGCACUGAGAAAAUCCGAAAAGACCUAGCCACUGAAAACUCCAAGCUGCGGGACAAAGAAGAGCAUUUAAAAAAUCUGUUUGAAAGGGCCAAGAAAGAAAGUACGAAAUUAAGAAAAGCCAAAGAAGAACUCCAGAGGUGCAGGGAAAGCUUGAAACGAAGAGAGCAGAGCCUGCAGAUGGAAGAAAUAGAAGUAAUGCACGAAAAAGAGCAGAUUGAGCACGAAAAAGAAGACCUUAUGAAGCUGAAGGCGCAGUUAAGCCAUGAUUUUGCAAAAUUAAAGCAGGAACGGCAAAAGCUGCAGGUCGAGAAAAGAGAUAUUGAGUGUGCAAGCAAAGAGAUUGGGAAAACGUCAAAAAAACUAACAAGAGAAAAGGUUUUACUUAAAAAAUCGUCACUAAAUUUGAAACCAAAAGUCUUUGAAACCAAAGAAAAGCUGGAGGACUGCAAUAAUCAAAAUUUGGAGCUAAAUAUUACGUCAAUUUCGACAGAGCCGAUAAACAUGCUAAGUCCUCAAUUAUUCAAAACGCGCAGUGAGCCUUCUACUGACAGAAAAGUGGCCAAAACCCCGAUUCCUCAAGGACGAGUCUUGACUUUCAAUAGAGAUUAA